UUUUGUUCCAUUCGUUUAUGUUGUGAUUGUUGUUGGUAUUGCAGUUGUAGGAGAGGCAGAGAAGUGAAACCAUACCAAAGAACAGUUUUUCACCCAUUCUCUUGGUCCAGAGUCAAUUAUUUUUUUUUGCCAUUUUUUUUUAUUUGGUUCUUCCUUCUUAUCGGCGUUCUUCUGCCUUCUGUUUUUACCUACCAUCAUCGUUUGUUACUUUCCAAGGAUUAAAGAAAGAAAAUGGCAAGGACAAUUUAUGGUACCCUACUCCGAGUAUUCCUUCCUUUACUCCUGUGUGCUUUACUCGGUACAAAAGCAGCUUGCAAACAGAAUAAUAAUGAUGUCAAGUCACUCUCAUCUAUUUACUACAAAUACGCCGGAGCAAGUUUCUGCUAUCUACAAAUGUCUUUCCUUUUGAAUAACAAAGAUUAUGCUUGGCCUGGACUCUCAAAAUACCAAUUUAAUUUAGCUCAAGAGAAGAAAUAUGCAGCUAACUUAAUAGGGCGAUUCAUGGCAAUAAAGAAUUUAACACCAAUCCAUGAGGCUAUACCAGAAUGUUCCUCUCCUAUAAGUGCCACAGAAUACAAAAGUAAAACCCCUGUGCACUAUCUGGAAAAUACUGAAUCCACAGAAGAGCAACUACUGGCACACCUGAUUGCACAAAAUGAUACGAGUACCCAUGUAAACCAUUUCAUUACUCACUGGUUCGUACAUUAUCAGCAUCAGCGACUUUACGAGACAACCUUACAGCUUCAUAAGGUCCAAUCACUGAAAUCGAUUAGCGAACAAGCUAUCUGGGACGGCUCCAUCGUCAGACAAUCCCUUACCAUCUAUGAUUACAACAAGUUCUCUGAAUUAACCAAUGUGUACAGUGAAUGUGUCAAAUGAGGAAGAAAGCAAACAUUGAUACAUGCAUAAUACACAGACAACAUAGCAAAUUAUAAAAGUCACAUAUAUAUAUAACACACACAUAUACUAUGUAUACAUGUAUGUAUGUGUAUAUAUAUAUAUAUGUGUGUGUAUAUAUAUAUAUG